AGGUUACGUCAGCAAAUCAUAAGAACAAUAGCUAUUUCCAGGGUUGUUGAAAAAUAAUACUCCACCAGGGGCUGCAUAAGGGCAUAUCAUAAUGGUGAGGCAUUCUCCCAGACACUCCGAAUGCCUUUGAACAUCAGAGGCAGAAAAAUAGAGAAGAGCAUCCCAUAUGCAGGAUUUUCCGAUAUGGAACACUACGGCGAUAUUUACAUCAUCGGUGCAAUUGUGUUUGUAACAUCACAACAUAGAUUUAAGCCAGGUUGGAAAUUAAGGCGAUAUGUUUAUAUUAGGAGUUUAUUCCCCGGAAUCUGUCGUGUUUACAUCAGGGGAACCCUGACCCGUCGGAGUUGCUAUGCGUGAUCCCUAACUUUUUCAAGCUAAAAAGAAAUUAAUAUGGAGGACGGCUGACUCAGGGCACUUCA